CAUGCAUCUCUUGUCUCUCGUCCACGACGCCAGCGCGACAGUUUGACGCCCAGAGCGUGUUCGAGCCUCUCUGCCACCAGUGCCUUUCCUUGUUUGACACGCCCUUGGUCUGCUGCGGUUGGCGGGGGAAAGCGAAAGGCCACCGGAGCCGAAGACGAGAUCCCUGCGCGUGUUGUCGAGCAAGGAAGGGCGACGCAUGCUGCUGCUAUAGGCGUUGGAGAUGGCUGUCGACGACGCCGCGCCCGCUGCGUCGGCUGCGCAAGACAACGACCUCGAUCCGGCCGCGUUCCUGAAGUCAGUCCGCGAGUUGACGGAGAAGCGCGAGCGCGAGGACGCUGAGCGCUACAGACAGCUGGAGGAGAAGGUGCAAAAGGAGCGUCAAGAGCGGGCAGCGCGGCGAGCAGAGCGCGCUCUCGCGACGCGAUCCAUCUCGCCAGACAAGCCGCACGCCGUCCCCUCGCCUUUGAGUCGUCCUCUCAGCCACCCCACGUCCAAUGCCAUUCUCGCCUCUUCUCCGAUGACCACGACGCCGACCCGGGACUCGAAGGCCAUGGAGGCCCCGAAAGAGGCCAGUCCGAAGUUGGACGCCGAUGUUCCCGAAUUCAAAGGCUUUGGAAGCAUAAGGAGAAGCAGUGCAUCAGUGUCGAGCAGAUCAAGCCUCCGCUCAUCAACAUCCGAGAAGCCAGCGGAGUCCAGUGCGCAGACAACGUCCGCCGCGACAGCGGUAACCGAUCCAGUGCCCUCAGAUAAAGCCACUUCAGAGCCAACUCAGCGUAGUGCGGCGGGCCUGGCGCGUUCAGGUACAUUGACUUGGAACAGACGACCCCAGUCACGUAUUGGCGGCAGCCGACCACAAUCACAGAUCAGUGAUCGACCGUCAUCGGGAAUUGUGGAGUCGCACGCUGCGCAGUCCAGCAUCGACUCCUCAAAUAGGCCGGAGCCCAGCAGAGAGCAGAUCGCAGCAUCGCUUGGUGCCAGGGACCCAUCCUGGUUCAAGCAGACUCCGGAUCGAGGAGUCGGCUCCGCAGCAUUCAGGAGAAGUCAAGUGGAAGAUGGAGCAGACAGCAGCCCAGUGGCGCCUGUCAGUGAACGGAGAGGGUUGCCUGGGCUCUUUCAACAACCUCCUGGCGAGACAGAAAGCCAGGCCAGCCCACCAAGCUCGACAAGCUUCAGGUCAGAUCGCACGUCUCGCGAUGCUUCUGCUCGCGGCAGCAUUCUAUCAGCAGGGAGCAGGUUCUCGGCUACGUCGACCGUGAGCGAUAGAAAUAGCAAGCCAGACCUUAAGGCACUGAUCGCGGAAGAUGAGGGACAACGAAAAGUGUCUCCGAGCUACAAUGCUGCCCCUGAAGCUUCAGUCGCCAGCACGGAAUCUACUGGGGUCGCUCGUUCACUGACAAUGUCGAGCUCACAAGCCCGCAUUGCGGGACUGGAUCGUCCUGCGUCACCAACAAAAGGCAUGGGCGGAUUUGUGCAAAGUGCCAUGAUGAAACGAUCGGAUAGCCAGAACAAAAGAUGGAGCGCACAACCCAAUGGCAGACUCAGCAGAUCGAACUCGAUAGUGAGCAACCGUAGUGGAUUGGGCGGGCUCCAGGGUUCACAUAGCAUGCCCAAGCUGGAUCCCACCUCCGCGGCCACGGACGUCUCAAACGACACAGCUCGGCCGACCAGCUCAAGCAGCAACCUGACCAAACUGGUAACCGAGCAGGACGGAGACGGCUUCGUGAAGCCAGCAUUACCAUCCCCAAGUAAGAGGCAUAGCCGCAGCAAGUCUGUCGCUUCUAAUUACAGCACCAAUGAUGAAGUGCCUGCGUCGCCUGGCAGCCCCUCCAAACGCUUCAGUCCACUGAAAUCGAGCUGGCUGGAAAGCUCAUUGACAAAGCCCGAGUCCCCCAAGCUUGCGCCUGCGAAAAAUACACAACCGAGCUGGAUGGCGGAUCUCGCAACUCGUCGAGCGCAGCGCGGCAGCGUUGAUCUGGGUACGCCCCAAAGUGCUGGAGGCGAACGAUCGAGACCAACGUCUCCUUUCAAAGAGUCUCCAUUCGGCCAGGGCAUGCUCAAGAGGGCAGGAUCGCGGGAUAAAUCUAAAUUUCCUGUUUCAGCAACAUCCACGAACAGCUUGGAAGGCUCGAAGCCCGGCCUGCGAUCAGAGCCCUCCGCCACAACGACACAGUCGCCGGCGAAGACGGAGGCCAGUGCGAGACUGGGCAAACCUAUAAGCUUCACCGCCCCGCCGCAGGACGAGUCGGAGCACGAACCCCGAAUGCCUGAGUCAGUGGCGUCAUCAGAGGAAACGGCGCUACCUGUGCCAAAAGAGGAGCCAGACACAGCCAUUCAGACCGCACCUGCUGUUUCGCCAGCCCUGUCUGUAUCUAGCCAACCGUCGACACCGAAGGUGGGACUACUGGGUAAAACUCCGCAGAGCCCUUCGAGAGCGAACAACCCUGCAAUGUCGCCAGGCAAACCUGGUCAAAGCACGCGUCCCUCUGAAUUGAGGGCUCAGCUAAAAUCAAGGCCACCACCAGAACCAAAGACUGACCAGCAGCCAGAAUUUCUGGCCAAAUUUGGGGCCCUUCGCAAAACGCAGCAAGAGAAAUUUGUCGCUCCAGAUGUGCUUAAGGACAACAUACUCCGUGGCAAAUCUGGUCUGGCGCAAACAGGUGGCCCUGUCAAGACUGCCCGCCGAGACGAGCUAAAGGAGGAUCUGCUUGCAAAGAAAGAUGAGUUCAAAAAGGCUAAAGAAGAGGGAAGAGACUUACCUGGCGCAUUGCACGCACGGAAACUCACUGCAACAAGCCCACCUGCCGCUCCCGUGAAGCCCGAGGCCUUAGCAAAACGCGAGCUCUUAGGUCGAUCAGAUAGUGGGCGAUCAGCUGCAUCUGCAGCCGACACCUGGAAAACACGCGAAGCGACGCCAGAAGCGCUCUCUCGUGUGAAGAGUCUGAAGUCUACGAAAGCAAGGGAUGUCACCGAGAAGAAGCCAGAGGAGGAUGCAAGUUCCAAUCAGGAGACUCUUACCAAGGAUCCAGCGGAACCAGAACUAUCGAGCGGACGCAGUAAUACGCCUGUUUUGCCUGAGCCCAGGCAGACCCAAGAAAAUUCGAAACUUGCAUCACGCUUCAAUCCAGCGCUAGCUGCUAUGCUGGCUCGGGGUCCACCCUCACAGCCGCAGUCUCGCGAUGCAUCGCCUGCUCAUGAAGGCGCAUCGUCUUCUCGAAAUGCUGCUUCGUCAACGGCGCCGACCGCCGGUGCGCCCUUGCAAGACGUACGUAAAGAUCGUGCGAAGGGUCCGAAGAGGAGGAAAGCUGCAACGCAGCCGAGCGCGCCCUCGCCUGAGGAGCCGUCCAUGGCAGAGCCGAAUGUUGCCCCAACCGAGACAAAGAGUAGCCCAAGCCCUUCACUGGGCCUUACGGGUGCUUUCAAUCAGGCUUCAGCAGAGCCCUCCGAAUUCCCGCAAAUUGCGAAGAAGAAGGUCAGCCCUCCACCAGGUUCGGUCGCAUCUGUAAUGACAGCAUCGCUUGCGAGGACGUCGCGGCCGUCGACUAUUGACCUGGAUCAGAACAAAGCCACCAGUGACUCCUUUGCUACGGCACAGUCGCAGAGAAAUGCGCCAAGCUCAACCCGCUUCUCGAUGAAGACCUCCAUGGACACACCUUCUACACCUUCCACACCUUUGCAGAGUGCUGCUCGACAGACGCCCGGAUCUGCACCGACCCCGAAUGCGGCAGUGAGUCCCGCGCCAGCAACAGACGUGCCUGAAUUCAGAGGCUUUAUCGCUUCACGAUCGUCUCGAACGGCUGCAUCAACCGCGAGUGCCGAAGAAAAUAAGGAGAAUGGUGACGGCUUGCCUUCGGUCAAGACUGCAGCCUCACUUUGGGGAAGGCGUUCAAGUCCUGUCAAGAAGGACCCUCCUGCACAGAUUCCAGCCAAAGACGAAGAGGCUGCAAUGCGAUCGGCAGAAUUGCUAGCUGGGAGCUCUUCCCCUGCCUCCAGUGUGGCAACCAGCAGGAGUGGCCCUCCAUCAAAACCGGCUAAACCGUCUAGGGUGGUCAGUGGGCAGCUCGCAGAAGCGUCUCCAAACAAAGGAGUCUCGUCCGCCGAUCAGUCCGCCCGAGGGUUACUGGCUUCAACCUUCAAUACAGUGCCAAGAUACUUCGACGCACUGGCCAUCGAUACUCAAUCCCUCAUUCAAAGCAAGACACACCGCACAGAGGUGAAGAGCAUCAAGACUCUUCGUAGGAACGUACUUGCCGUGUUUGCGGAUGGAUCUGUGAGAUCCUUGUCAUCACAAGAAGAGUACACACUCUACGAUGAAUCGGUCUUUAUUUGCACUCAUACCUUCGUUGACGAGCACGGCACUAAAGGGUGCCAAAUCUACGUCUGGUGCGGCGACACAGCAUUCGAGUCAACUCAAGAGGCAGCGCAAGCACAUGCUAAGCGCAUGGCGAGAGAGCAGGGCUCAGCCCCUAUCCAAGUCGUGAGGCAAGGACACGAGACGUCAGCUUUCCUGCAGAGUCUUGGAGGCAUACUGAUCACCAGACAAGGGGCAGCAGAGAGUGCCCCACGACAGUUCAUAGUAUGCUGCCGCAAGCAUUUGGGACAUAUUGUCUUCGACGAGGUGGACUUUGCCGUGGGAUCCUUAUGCCCAGGCUUCGUGUAUCUCAUAUCGUACCCUUUGACCCUGCAGGAGACGAAGUUGUACUUAUGGAAGGGCUCGGCAGGCUCUAUGGAAGAAAUCAGCGCCGCAAGACUUGCUGCGAUGGACUUGAGCGAGACAGGCGAGAUUAUCGAAGUCGACGGGGGGAAUGAACCCGCGUCGUUCUUGGAGAUUUUUGGCACCAACACCACAACAGCCAGCAUUGCGAAGCCGACCGAAUUGUGGGUUCAGAAAGCUGUCGCACCUGCUAAGUUUGCCACUCGGCUGUUCCGAGUACAGCAAGCGCCGCAGCGCACGGGUCUUAUAAGCUCGCUGUGGAACCGUCGACCGAGCUGGAACAACCGUUCACCAGCCAGAUCCACUCCAUCUCCCGGUGCCAUGGAGGUCAAGGUGGAGACGAAGGAGAUUGUCCCGGUCUUGCAGUCUCAGCUGGAAGCCGAAGGCGUAUACCUGCUCGAUGCCUAUGGCGAACUGUACAUUCUCCUUGGGCCGCUGUUUGCUUCCCACCCUGAGCAUACGCGCAAUGCUGUUCUGGGUCAGACCCUACUUUUGGCGGCCGACUAUGCAAUAAUGUCGGCAUCAGUGGAAGACCGACCGCAAAUACCCAAGUGCUUGGUGCUAUUCAACGGAGUUCCGAAGGAUGUGAAAAUGAUGUUCAGGCAUUGGGAUGAUGGAAAUGGUCUGUGGGGCACAGCCGGAUUGAUGGCGGGCAAUAUGGCGAACUCUGGCACUGAUGUGACCAUGUUAGCAUUGGAAGACGUCCUCGCCGAAGUGCGCCGCAAGGAGCUGCAGGUUCCUGAUGCGCUUCACGAGUGAUGCAAGCAAUAAAUUUAAGGGAUUGUACACUAAUGGAAAGCAUCAAUGCUGGCCACGGAAUCCUUGCUGUACUAUAUGC